CCCUACCCCUCUCUCUCGCAGCCACCCCCGAAACAGAGUCACUCAGUCUCACACCCCACCCCCACCUCUCUCUCUCGGCUCUCUUCUUGCCGUCGCACGAAGGUCUGCGUCUAGCUCGUGGCCUCGCCGUCACGAAGGGUUGCUCGUGUCGCGUUCCUUCGACGUCUCUCUGUCAGUCUCUCUCUCUGUCCGAGCUCUCUCUCGCUCUUUGUCCGAGGCUCCGAGCUCAUUUUCCUUCCUCCACCGCCGUCACUUCCCAUUCCUCCGAGCUCACGAAGUUUUGUAAAGAAAGAAGAUUACUAAUUUCACACAAUCUUCCAAAGGAUUGAGUUCCUUGCAGCUGCAUCACAAGACGAAAAGGCUGAGCUUGCUAGGGUUUAAGCAACAGAAAAAGGGGAACACUGUCUCAGACAACAGAUACAGAGAAUCAAAUCGAGAAGAAGAAGAAAAACCCUUUCACCAUGGGAAGCAGGUUGGCUAGAAGGGUGGUGCAGUUUGCGAACCUUCCAAUAAAGCUGCUACUGCCAACGAGCUUCACCAACAUCCAAGAAAUUGCACUCAAGACAAUCCCAUCCGCCACCAAGAUCGAGAUCAAGCGCGUCCUCGAGUCCCUCUACGGCUUCGAAGUCGAGAGGGUUCAAACCCUAAACAUGGAAGGGAAGAAGAAGAAGCGUGGUGGCCUCCUCUUCGCAAAACCCGAUUACAAGAAGGCUUACGUCACUCUCAAGACCCCUCUUUCAAUUGACAUGAAUCUUUUCCCGCUCAAAAUGGUUGAAGAUGCCAGGAAGCGGAUGAACAAGAAGAACGUGUCAAGUGUCGUUGAGGACGAAGAAGAGGAAGAGAGGAAGAGGCAUUGGCUUGAAGGUGACCGGGCCGGAUCGUCUGAGGCGGCACCUCGUGGGUAUCGUGGUCACACGCUCUUUUGGGACCGCGGGAUGGCCCGUAGGGUUCGUGGUUCAAGCCGUAGGCACCGUGAUGAGGAUCGUGAUGGUGCUGCUAAGUUCCCCUGGAGCAACAUGAGGGAUGGUAGAGCUGCAAGGUAGGAUAGUGAAUUUUGUUGAUGAAUUAUUGUUGUGCUUAAUAAAAUUAUUGACUGAUAAUUUGAGAAGUGAUUCUGGCACUAUGCAGGGCUGCUAUGUGUUUUUUUUUUUUUUAAUAUUUAUAUUUUUUUUUACAUGUUUUAUGAUUGUGAUGAUAGUUCAUGAAAUGAAAAAUUUUGACCUGGCA